AUGUUUUCCACCAAGAAGGGCGCAGAGAAAUUUCUACAAUUUUAUAAGAAUGAAUUAUGUCGGCACAUCAGCAAGACUACCAGCGUAACCAACUCGGAUUCUAUGGCACCGAGACUCGACCAACAGAAGAUGAAACCAUCAACAAAUGAGGAAACAGGACCUAAGAGAUUGCUGAAGUUGCAGAAAUAUCACAGAUUCCUGUCGACCCUCACUCCUCAGCAAAUGCCACUGGCAGCCCGUGGACUGGCCGUCUCCAAAGACCAGUCCCGGGAGUUCAUGGCUUGCUUCCCGGACAUCGUGAGGGACCUGACGGAAUCUGGCAAGCAUAUUGACGUGCCUGACGCCAGCAAGUGGUUGGCCAAGCUUUUGCAGUACAAUGUCCCAAACGGAAAGAAAAACCGCGGCUUGGCAACUGUACUCGCUUAUAAAAUGUUGGAAAAGCAAGAAAACUUGACCCCAGAAAACAUACAUUUGGCAAAUAUAAUGGGAUGGUGUACACAAAUGUUCCACGCGCAUCAACUAAUUCUAAAAGAUAUGAUGGACGGCGCAGAAAUACGUCGUGGUGUACCGUGUUGGUACCGCCAGCCUAAUGUAGGACUCGGCGGUAUGAACGACGCGAGCCUCAUCAGCGCUGCAAUGUACUCCACCCUCAAGCGAUACUUCUCGAACAAACCCUACUACAAGAAUGUGCUUGAAAUGUUCAAUGAGAUGCUGCUUAAGUGUUCAAUCGGCCACUAUUUAGAACAACAAAUGACAAAGACGGACAGACCUGAUCUCUCACUAUUUACAAUGGAAAAUUAUGAGGCAAUUACCAAAUAUAAGACUUCGUAUUACACCUUCCAAAUGCCGGUUGGCCUGGCACUACUUAUGACCGGAGUGGACGAUCCCGAAACACACCGACAAGCGAAGACUAUAUUAUUAGAGAUGGGAGAAUUCUUCCAAAUUCAAGAUGAUUUUCUCGAUUGCUUUGGUGAUCCGGCAGUUAUCGGCAAAAAUGGGACAGACAUUCAAGAUGGCAAAUGUACUUGGCUUGCAGUAGUUGCUUUACAAAGAGCGAACCCUUCGCAACGCCAAUUAAUGGAAAACCACUAUGGCAGCUCCAAUUUCGAGGAUGUGCAGAAAAUUAAGGAUCUCUAUGAAGAAUUACAAUUGCCUCACACCUAUUCAGUAUAUGAAGAAGCUACAUAUGAUCUCCUUAGGACCCAAAUACAACAAGUCACUAGAGGACUCCCACAUGAUCUCUUCUUCAAAAUACUGGACAAUAUUUUCAGGCGAAAUAUU